AUGUCGCAGACGCUCGUCAAUGUCAAGGCGGCCGGGGACGACGCCCGUCCCGUUCUGUGGACCAACACCAAGCGCGGAAAGCGGAUACACAGACGCAACUCGCAGAUCUUCUACUUUGGCGUCUGCCUCGGCCUCGCCGCCGUCGUCGGCAUCGUCCUCGACGGCGUCCUCCGCAUCGAACGCAGCGACAAGCUCUGCCUGGUCUUGGACGACGACUUCUCUCGCGGCCUCGACCCGUCCGUCUGGACGAGAGAGGUGCAGACGAGCGGCUACGGUACCGGCCAGUUUGACUGGACCACGGACUCGGACAACAACGCCUUCGUCCGGGACGACAAGCUCUACAUCGUUCCCACCCUCACCAACGAAAGCAUUGGCGCGGCCAGCUUCGAGAGAGAAGGCCACACCAUCGACCUCGGCCAGCUCGGCACCUGCACGAGCCCGUCGACGGCCAACUGCAUCGCGGCCAACAACGCGACCGUCGGGCAGAUCAUCAACCCGGUGCAGAGCGCGCGGCUGACCACCAGGGCCUCGCACUCGAUCACGUUCGGCAAGGUGUCGGUGCGUGCCAAGCUGCCGACCGGCGACUGGCUGUGGCCCGCCAUCUGGAUGAUGCCGCGCGAGGAGACGUACGGCGGCUGGCCCGCCAGCGGCGAGAUCGACAUCAUGGAGUCGGCCGGCAACCGUCCUCGCCACCGCAUGGACUCGCGCAGCAGGGCCACCGUCCUCUCGACGUUUCAGUUCGGGCCCGCCUGGUACGCCAACGCCGGCGAGCGCCACACGGCCUCGAGAUCGCGGUGGAGGGGCUACUUUGACAGCGGCUUCCACGACUACGUGCUCGAGUGGAACGAGCACCGGAUGCGCGUCUACAUCGACAACCCCAACAACCUCGUCAAGGAGUUCCGCUUUCCAAAGAAGCAGUCGAUGUGGCAUUACGGGCGGUUCAACGAAUACGACCAUCCAGACGGCCCGCUGCGAAAUCCGUGGAUCCGCAGCACGCGGCCCAACGUCGCGCCUUUUGACCAGCCCUUCUACCUGAUCCUCGACGUGGCGGUCGGCGGUCAGUUUUUCAACGGCGACCGCAGCGACUUGCCCUGGAACCCGAGCUCGCCGCAGCCGGCUGCCCUCUUCUGGCGCAACGUCGACCUGUGGUACCCGACCUGGCCCGCCUCGCACACCGACAGGGGGAUGGCGAUCGACCGGGUGCGGAUGUGGCAGAAGUGUUAG